UUAUUUAUAUAUUUAUCAACACGUUUUAUUAUUGUAGAAUUUAAUAUCGAAUAAUGUAAAAAUAGAAUGACAAGAAUUCUAACCUUAAAACUCAUUAUUUGUCAUCAUAUAAUAAAUUCCUCUAAAGAGGUAUCGACAAAACAAGCAAUUUUAACAGUUAGUGUGGUCUUUAUCACCUCUUUAUCAGCAUUACUUUAUGUUUAUACUACUUUUCCAGAACUUGCAGAAGAUGAACAACAGCAUAUGAAAUUACCAUUAGAUCUUGAAGAGGCUAAAAAUUUGGGUAAACUUCUUGGACGAUAUAGAGAUCUUUAUUAUUUUCAAGUACUAAUUGGACUAUUUCUUACAUAUAUUUUUUUACAAACUUUUGCUAUUCCAGGUUCUAUUUUCCUUUCAAUCCUUUCUGGUUUUCUUUUUCCCUUUCCUUUAGCUUUAUUAUUAGUAUGCAGUUGCAGUGCAGUAGGAGCAUCACUUUGUUACCUUCUUUCAUCACUUUUGGGACGUAGAUUGCUUUUUAAAUAUUUCCCAGAAAAAGCAAGAGAAUGGACAUUAACAGUAAAAAAACACAAAGAUAACCUUUUUAAUUACAUGCUAUUUCUUCGAAUAACUCCAUUACUUCCAAAUUGGUUUAUAAAUCUAGCCAGCCCUAUAAUUGGAGUGCCUCUUGCACCAUUUACUGUAGGCACAUUUUUUGGAGUUGUUCCACCAUCUUUUAUUGCCAUUCAAGCAGGUCAGACAUUACAAAACUUAACUUUAUCUACUGGCUGGUCAUGGAAAAGUGUUAUAAUAUUAUGUGUGUUUGCUGUAUUAUCAUUAGUGCCUAUUUUAUUUAAACAAAAGAUACAACAAAAGUUUGAUUAAAUUUUAGGAAAAAUUGAAAAAUUUAUUUAAUUAAAAAAUGAUGAUUAUUUAUUUUUAAUACUUGAAAUAAUAAAAAAAAAAUUAGUCAAAAUAUGAAAUAUAAAAAAAUAUUACUUUCAAUAUGAUUUAUAUUAUUUAAAAAAAAUUUAUUUCCUAGAAAUAAAAUUUUACAUUUUUAAUAUCUUCAUUUAUGUUAUAUAAAACUUUAAAUAUUUAUUUAAGACACAUCUUACUUUUCUCAUAAUUGUAACAUCUUAUGUCAAUUCUUAUAUUGUUUUUUUAUUUUUUUGUAUAGUAUCAAUUAUUAUAAUUUUUUUUGUGUAGUAUCAAUUGUUAAUUAAUAAAUUAUAAUUUUGAAAAAUAA